AUGCGGAAGUUGUGGGUGUCGUUCCUCCGGUUGCUGCAAAGCGUCACGUCGCUGCUGGCAAUGCUGUACCUCUGUGGCAUCUUCCAGCCUGUGUCAGUUGCUAGCCAAUCAUUUCUUGAAACCUUUUACGCCAUCAUUGCAGCCGUGGUACUCUCCUGCGCCGCGGUCAUCUACAGCAGCGUCAUGUGUGUGCUAGAGAUUCGCUCUGUCAUAUUGAGCACGACGAGUCAAGUCACUGGGGACAUUGCACUGGCGAUCAUGUUGUUUGUCGUGGCAGAGGUGCUCAUACUCAGCGAUGACCUGCUGCACUGCCGUGACCGCAUCAACGUUAGUUGUGGCCAUUUACGGACUUCCAUUGCAUUUAUGAUAAUUGCCACGUCGUUGUACGUCAUCUCUGCAGGUUUGGCGCUGCUGUGGGAUUGGGAGCCUCGGUGGUAA